AUGAGAGCCAACAUCCAUGAGAGCCGCUACUGGGGCCCAGAGGACAGCUACUAUUUCGCACCUCAGGCCACAAGGGCGCUCUCCCCAUCUGACCUGCCCAUUGUUACCCAGCUGGCUUGCCAGCUCAAGCAGCUGGGAGAGACUUCUCUUGUGCAGCACUCCAUUGAUACAGGGGACACUGUGCCCAUAUGGCAGAGCCCACAUCGCCUCCUCUGGAAGGGGGAAGAGUGGCGCUUCUGCUAUAACUACAGGAGACUCAAUGACGUCACCAAGAAUGAGUACUACCCCCUUCCGCGUGUGGAUGAAUGCCUGGAUCUGGUGGCUGGCUCCUCCUGGUUUUCUUACUUGGACUUAAGGAAUGGCUUCUGCUGUGGCAGCACUGCCCAGGUGCUGGAGAGGAUCAGAGGGGCGGGGCAGAAGCUAAACCCUGACAAGAGCAGGCUACUGAGCAGGGAGCCGACCUUCCUGGGGCACCGCAUAGGCAGCAAGGAAAGUUUGUGCAGGGGUUUUCAUGCAUCACAGCCCCCUUGUACAAGUUACUGCAGAAAGACCAUCAAUUCAUCUGGUCAGAGGACUGAAACAGCCUUUCACACACUGCAGCAGGCCCUGACAAGCGCACCCAUCCUGGUGUCCCCUGACCCCCAUUUACCCUUCGUCCUGGACACUGAUGUGAGCGGGGAGGGGCUAGGCACGGUCCUGUCACAGGUGUGGCCAGAGGAUGAGAAAGUCGUGGCCUAUUACAGCAAAGAACUGAGCAAAACUGAGCAGUGGUAUUGUGUCACUUGCAGGGAGCUACUGGCUGACUGUCAAUCCAAUCAGGAGCUGCAGACCUCUCUGCGACAGGUAGAGAAGAUACUGGCAGCCCACGAGGCAUCCUUUCAGCAGAGUCUUCGCUCUUUGAGGAAGAAGCUCAGCGCCCUGCAGAACAGCACCAUGAAUCUCAGCAACAGCAAGACCACAAAGAACGCUUCCUGUCCCAGACCAGAACUCCCACCCCACGGCAGGAGACUAGGAAGGGUGUUUGGUGUCGGGCACGAGGUCCACUUCCUGUGUAAGCCUGGUUACGAGCUGAUUGGCCCGCGAACACGAGUGUGUCUGGAGUCCCUCAAAUGGAGUGGGCAGCAGCCCAUGUGCAGAUGUGAGUCAGACCCCAAACCAGCAGCAGAUCCUUUAACUUCUGUAAGUUUCCUCAACAGCAGCAGCAACUCACUGCCCUCCUUCUCCUCUUACUCCCCAGCCGCACCCUACUCUUCCUACUCCUCUUCCUCUCCUUCAUCCUCCUUAUCUUCCUCUUCUUCCUCUCACCCAUCUUCAUCAUCAUCACCGUCAACCACCUCUCUCGCGCCCCCUACCUCCCCCACUCCUCCUUCUCGCCCUGCCUCUGUCCGUCCGUCCCAUUGUACUCGCUUCCUGGGCUCCACCCGCUGUUCUUGCGAUGUGGGCUUCACCAUUUCAGGCCGUGACAGCAACAUCUGUACAGACAUCAACGAGUGUGAGGUGUUUCCCCUGGGCCAGCCGGGCCGGCUCUGUGUGCACCGCUGUGUAAACACGGCCGGCAGCUUCCACUGCAUCUGUCCCGCCGGCUACGACCUCUCCAGAGACGCACGCGGCUGCAAAGACAUCAACGAGUGCGAGAGCCAGACGCACAACUGCACGGCAGACCAGGUGUGUGUGAACACGUAUGGAGGGUUCCAGUGUGUGCAGGUGGAGUGUCCUCGCAUGAAAAACGCCACGUACAUCAAGACGUCACCUAUACGCUGCGAGAGACACCCAUGCCUGGUGGGGGACAGCACCUGCUCUCAGGCACCAAACUCCAUCUCUUUCCAUUUCCUGUCUGUGGUAUCCAACAUGUCCGCCCCCCGUGUGCUCUUCAGGGUGUCGGCGGCGCGGGUCCUGGGAGACACGCUGCGUUUUGGCCUGGCAGGGGGCCGCGGGCGGGGCCAUUUCAGCGUUCAGCGAUCUGACCGCCAGACAGGCACCCUGCUCCUGGUGAACCCUGUCCAGGGGCCCACCACACUGGAGGCGGAGGUGGAGAUGAGCGAGCUGGAGAGAAACACCCUACUGGGCCGUUACCUCACCAAGGUCACCAUGUUCGUGUCACCCUACAGUUUCUAG